GAAGAGCAGGAUUUGUCCUUUCCGCUUCCGGUGAUGUUCAGCGCCAGCUGCGUGGUUUAGCUUUCUGUGCUAACAGAGGAUUUUAAUAUUUACUCCUAUUCAUCUUCAUCUUCAUCAAGAUGUCCUACCACGACGAAGAAGAAGUGAGUUCACCUCUCUGUCUGUCUGUUUGUCUUUUUGUUCUGGUUUUAAUAACACGGUAGAAACAGUUACCGGCUGAUUUUAGCCUGUUAGCCUAUUAGCAUGUUAGCUUCAUAAUGGCAGAGAUGAUUAUUUAUCAGGUAAAAACUCACCUGAAUUAAAAUCUUAAGGUAGAGAAAUCUAUAGAGAUUAUUUUAAAAUAAUCUGGUUUGGCCUUCAUCUGCAGGGAGAUUAUAAUCUAGAGACUUAAACUAUCAGUCUGACAAAAACAUUAAAGGUUUAAUCUCCAGGAAAGUUCAGAUUAAUCUAAACAUGUCAGUGGGUAAAAAUGAUGUUUAUUGUCUGGGUUCAUUAUGACUUAUUAAAAUGACCUUCAGCCCCGUUUUAACUGAGCUUUCAGUUUUUAUCUUUCCAUCUUUUCCUCAACAACCUCUCACUCUGCUCCUUUUUCACAGUACGACCCUUACUCCUACACCAACGACUACGACCUGCACACAGGUGAGUCUGCACACGCCCCCUCACCUGAAGAUGAUGUCACAGUAUUAAAUACAUUUCUGUCAGUCAGAGGGUUUAUAAGGUCCUUUCCUGCUCACCUGUCAGGUGUGCUGCAUGACACUAAACUGUAACAUCAGCCCCGCCUCUGACCAGACAAACAGCCAAUCAUAAUUCAGGAAACAGAUUUUAGCACAGACCCUGGAACAACAUGAACAGGUGUGUGAUAAUGACUCCGCCUCCUCAGGUGACCCUAAAGCUGACCUGGCCUAUGAGCGUCAGUACGAGCAGCAGACCUAUCAUGUGAUCCCCGAGGUGAUCAAGAACUUCCUGCAGUAUUUCCAUAAAACCAUCUCAGACCUGAUCGACCAGAAAGUCUACGAGCUCCAGUCCAACCGGGUGUCCAGUGAGAGCAUCGAGCAGAAGAUCUACGAGAUCCAGGACGUCUAUGAGAACAGGUGAGGUGGCCUGAAGGUGGAGGUGUGAUGAAGACGUUUGAGACUUUGUUUGUUUGUUGGUUUGAAACUCGUCACACUGAGUGUCUGUCUGAGAAAUCUUUGACUUUUCUUCAGCUGGAAUAAACUGACGGACCGAUUCUUCAAAAACUCUCCGUGGCCUGAAGCCGAGGCCAUCGCAUCGCUGGUGGGAAACGGUGAGGAGAUCCUCCACCAUCCUCACACAGACACACACAAACCUGAACGUGACUAAACACACUGAUCAGCUGCAACAUGAAGAACGUGAGACGUGAAUCUGUGUGCAAUGAUCUCUGUGUGUUUGUGUGUCUGCAGAUGCUGUCUUCCUCAUCCUCUAUAAGGAGCUCUAUUACAGACACAUCUACGCUAAAGUCAGCGUGAGUACCUGAAGACUCCGGAGCUUUGGUUCCACCUAACAGUCCACAACAGUUUGGUUCCACUCCGAGUUUCCUCGGUCUGAAGUUUGUUAAGGUUACAAAAUAACAGAUGGUUCCCCUCUGUUGGAGGACCAGGUGUUCUUAUCAGGUGGAAGUAGAUCCUCUAAGAAGCAGAAGAAGGAUCUGAUCUCUUCUUAUUGGAUCAGACACAUUAUAAACUUUUAUGAACCAUUUUAUGGACGUUAGAGUCGUAUCAGGGGAUGUUUUCAGGAGUUAGACAGGUGUCUGGGUUUAACAGUGAGAUUUAAAGAGUUAAUCUGAGGAGACAGAAGAGGCUGCAGAGGGAGAUUAAACAAGAGGAGACAUUUUUAUUAUUGAAUAGACGACAUAACGACCAGAUGACUUAUAACUUUUACAACUUAAAGGUGUUGUAGUUCAGGAUCUGAGUUAGUCCCAGUUUUUAGGAGAAAUCUUGAAUGUAAACUCUACCCCUCCAACCAGUUUUCCCCUCAGCUCCUCCCCUCCCUCUCUUAAGCCCCGCCCACAAACAGACGCUCCUGCUCGCUCGUAUCGUUCCGAUUAAAUUCAGAUAUAAUGCAGAUAAAUCCUUCAGAUCAUUACAAAUGGGGCCCAGUCAAGGUGAAAGUCAAAAGCAUUGGUGCUACUGUAGAUGCCAACAGACUACCAGCAAACACAAUGUUUGCAGGACUUCUACAACGAGGAUAAAGUGACAUAGUCCAGGACCCGAGGGAGGACAGUUUAGCGAUGGCGCUACAACACGCUACAGCAGGUCCGUUUGACAAGAAACACUUCUGUUACAGACACUUGUCUUACUUUGUUAAAGCGGUUUACCUGUCCAGCAGAAAGGUUACAGGGUCACCAAGAUCCCCAAGCGUCCCCCAUCGUUGAUGUUGACCCGGCUUUUUAGCUCUUGUCCGGUCUACCUCCGUUUUAAGCGCCUGUUAUUCCUCCAGAGUCUCCGGUAUUUACUUUGUUUUCUUGCUUGUGUCGGCAGUCGUGGCCAAAGGAGGAUUCAGACAAUUUUCCGAACUUUCUGGUUGGUUUCUACUGUCCGAUAUUGUAGCACGCUAACUUUGUUUGGGCUCCUGAACGACACGGGGGAGCAGCGUCUGCCUCACAACCAAUCAGGUUAGAGGAGGUGGAGAACGGCUUUGUUUACAGUCAGAAAGAGCGGACCGCUCAAAAAUGUUCAAAUGUUGACGACACAGACAUAAGAGAACACAGAGAUAUCGAUAUAUUACCAAAUAAUCAAUAACUAAUAACUAUUGACUGAUAUUCAAAGAGUUUUGUAAAUACAAAAUAAAAAGAUGCUUCUUUAACAGAUUCCUGACCUUUAACUUCCUCUCUAAAAUAAAAUGAAGAUGAAACAGAGAAACAAACAUCCAAAAUUUACCUGAAGGUACAAAUAAAUUAACCUUUGACCUUUGACACACUUCAGGGACCAUCUGUACUGAAACAAACUGGACCUCUGUGGUGUAAACAUGUUUAAAAACCUGUUAAAAGCUUUUAAAGUUGAUGUUUGAACAUGUUUCCUUCUCUGAUCUUCAGGGUGGACCAACUCUGGAUCAGAGGUUUGAGUCGUACUACAACUACUGCAACCUCUUCAACUACAUCCUGAGUGAGGAGACCAACAAACAUACACACAUGAUACACACAUAAUACACACACAGUAUCAGCUGAUCACUGGAGAGUGUAAUGACAAUAUCUGACCUUCAACAGACGCCGAUGGCCCCGCCCCCUUGGAGCUUCCUAACCAAUGGCUGUGGGACAUCAUUGAUGAGUUUAUUUAUCAGGUCAGUAGUUUUGUGAUUCCUGGUCCUUCGUCAGUUUAAAAUCAGUUUGUUUGAAACGAUGCGAACGCCGAUCAUGUGACCGCGUCUGUUUCCCGCCUCAGUUUCAGUCGUUCAGUCAGUAUCGCUGUAAAACGGCCAAGAAGUCCGAGGAGGAGAUCGAGUUUCUGAGGAACAACCCAAAGAUCUGGAACGUCCACAGCGUCCUGAACGUGCUGCACUCGCUCGUCGACAAGAGCAACAUCAACCGUCAGCUGGAGGUCUACACCAGCGGGGGUGAGGAGGGGUCCGUCUGUUCGGGAGGGCGGGGCGUUAAAGUCUUUAUUUACUGAAGUUAGAGGCUGAAAGAGCUCAGAGUGAAGGUGCUGCUCGCUCUGACGUGUUUUCAUCGUGUUGUAGGAGAUCCGGAGAGCGUCGCCGGGGAGUACGGACGCCACUCUCUGUAUAAGAUGUUGGGAUACUUCAGUCUGGUGGGUCUGCUCAGGCUGCACUCUCUGCUGGGGGAUUAUUAUCAGGCCAUUAAAGUCCUGGAGAACAUCGAGCUCAACAAGAAGGUAAAUCACAUACACACACACACACACACACACACACACACACACACACACACUGAAUAUGAUCGGAGGCGAAGGAGGCGGGACCUUCCCCUUCCGCCCUACGAAGAAAAUAUCACAUACAGGACCUUCGAUUUAUUUAUUCUGCAUGUUUUAACGUCCCUCUGCUGCCCCCUAUCUGUCUGGCAGAGCAUGUACUCCCGUGUGCCCGAGUGUCAGAUCACCACCUAUUACUAUGUGGGCUUCGCUUACCUGAUGAUGAGACGCUACCAGGACGCCAUCCGAGUGUUCGCCAACAUCCUGCUGUACAUCCAGAGGACCAGGAACAUGUUCCAGAGGUCCACGUACAAAUAUGAGAUGGUAACGCAAACACACUCGGAGGUUUUUUAUUGGACAAAUUCAGUCUCCGGUGUUUGUGAAACCAUGGUAACGGCCGCUGCUGUGAUCUAAUCUCUCCUCAGAUUAACAAACAGAACGAGCAGAUGCACGGCCUGCUCGCCAUCGCCCUCACCAUGUACCCCAUGAGGAUCGACGAGAGCAUCCACACCCAGCUCAGAGAGAAAUACGGAGACAAGAUGCUGCGCAUGCAGAAAGGGUGAGACGAGUGUUUCUGCGGCUCAGUCACUCAGUACCCGUGAAGAUCUGUGUCACAUGACCUUCUGUGUUUUCGGUCUCCGCUCAGGGACUUGGCCGUGUUCGAGGAACUCUUCAGCUUCGCCUGUCCAAAGUUUUUGUCUCCUGUCGUCCCGAACUACGACAACGUUCAUCCAAACUACCACAAAGAGCCGUUCCAGCAGCAGCUGAAGGUGUUCGCCGAGGAGGUGCAGCAGCAGGCGCAGCUCUCCACCAUCCGCAGGUACAGACAGAGGUCAAAGGUCACUCUGUGGGUGAACCUCCAUCCCAGGAGGUCCUCAUGUUUUCUCCUUGGAGUCCAUCGUCUAUUGUAACAAUGCAUCAAUGUUCUUACUAAAGAAGUGAGGGGAAAAAAACGAACCCAGUCAGUUUGUUUUUACGGUUUCAAUUAAAGCAGCUGUGAAAACCUUUGGAUUUGUGCCGAUUCUGGCGCCCCCCUGUGGACAAAGUGAAACUUCUGAUCUAUGUACAUGUGAAAGAAGUGCUUUAAGACAAAAACAAUAUCCUGUCGUCUGACACAGAAACAAGUAGAAAGAGAAAAGAUGACAAGAAAACGAGAAAUUAUCGACUUUAUUCCUGAGGGUCACAAAGAGGAAUCAGCGUCAGUGUUCGUCUGCUGAUGUGCUCACAGUCUCUCCAUCCCUCGCAGAGACCUCCUGACUGGGCUCUGUAGUAACACAUGCUGUCUGUCUGUCUGUCUGUCUGUCUGUCUGUCUGUAGCUUCCUGAAGCUCUACACCACCAUGCCUGUGGCAAAGCUGGCCGGGUUCCUGGACAUGUCUGAGCAGGAGUUCAGGAUCCAGCUGCUGGUCUUCAAACAUAAGAUGAAGAACCUGGUGUGGACCAGUGGGAUCUCAGCUCUGGAUGGAGAGUUUCAGUCGGCGUCUGAGGUCGACUUCUACAUCGACAAGGUGAGUCAGAGACGGCUCAUGUUUUCAGCUCAUGAAGAUUCAUGAAGCUCCAGCUCUCGCUCUUCGUGUGUCAUUGAUGAUCUUUCUCUCUGUUAGGACAUGAUCCACAUCGCCGACACCAAGGUCGCUCGACGUUACGGAGACUUUUUCAUCCGACAGAUCCACAAGUUUGAAGAGGUGAGCUGGGAUUUAUUAUCCUCUUACAGAUGUUAGUCCCUGGUACAGUGUGUGUGUGUGUGUCAGAGUCUGAAGUUCUGCUCUGCCUUCCAGUUGAACCGGACUCUGAAGAAAAUGCCGCUCAGUGGCUCGUCUGCAACGUCUAGCAGCUCAACCAACCGCGGAGUCUGAGCUCAGAGACCUGCAGGGAUUUAAUAAACUGUUAAAGAUGAAACUUUUCUAUGUAACUCAGAAACAAUAAAGAGAUGGAGCCAUGCUGAAACUGUG